GUGACAACACGGAGGAAGUAAUAGCAUGUAAAUCCUACAUAAUUUUUUUAUUUUGUACUUAGGUAUUUUGUUUCAUCAGAUCUGGUUGUCUCUUUGAGAUGGCAUUAGUUGUUAUCUGUGGUCAACCAUGUAGCGGGAAAUCAACAGCUGCAGCUUGUUUAUCUGAAGCGCUUGGACAAACGGAACCAGAACCAUCAGUUAGAACUAUUGAUGAAACUUCGUUUCAUCUUAGUCGCAACCAAAGUUAUGUGAACAUGACCGAGGAAAAGAAUUUAAGAGGCGUAUUGAGGUCUGAAGUUGACAGAUCUUUGUCAAAGGACAGUAUAGUUAUAGUGGAUUCUCUUAAUAGCAUCAAGGGCUAUAGAUAUGAGUUAUGGUGUUUGGCGAGAGCAGCAGGGAUUAGAUAUUGUGUUGUCCAUUGUGACGUUGAUGAGCAAUCUUGUAGAACAUGGAACGUCGAACGUCGUGAGAGAGGAGAACCGUCUUAUGAUGAUUAUAUAUUUGAAGAUCUUAUAAGAAGGUUUGAAAGGCCAGAUAGCAAAAAUAGGUGGGAUUCUCCAUUGUUCGAGUUAUGGCCAGCUAAAGAAGGAAUUGAUAAAUCAUCUACAGCUAUGGUUGAUGCUGUUACCUAUUUAACGAAAAAAGUAGACUCGAAAACAAGGGAUGUUAAGAUCCUGCAGCCAACCAUCGCAACCCAAAGUGCAAGUGGUUCUGAGGCAAAUUCUUUAUAUGAGAUGGACAGGGCGACACAAGAAAUUACAAGUGCUAUUGUGGAAGCUCAGUCCCGCGCUCUUGGGGGUCCUCUCAAUGGUGUAUCUCUUGGUCCAGGAAUACCAACUAUAGAUAUUUCGAGAUCUGUCAGUCUGCCAGAGCUCCGUAGGCUACGACGAACUUUCAUCAAGCUUGCUGGACAUACAAGCUUGAGCGGGCCACCCCCUCCUUCAGAUGCUGACAGUGCAAAAAGGAUGUUUGUUGAUUACUUGAACACAGAACUAGGAAGUGGUUGAAGAAUUAUGUUACAAUGAGGAGGGUACACGUGGAAGUUCGUUAGUUUUGACGGGUAUAACUGGGCUACUUGAAUAAUAGCAAGGGCAUUUUGGGACCAAAACGAGACGGAGGGUAUAGUCAUCCUAUUUUCAAUAAUCUCUUUAAGCAUGGCUGAUUUGCAAACAGGACAGAACAAUCUUGACUGAGUACUGUAAAAUUAUAUGCAUUCUUUUAUAGUAUAAAGAAUGUUUGUGGUGUAUAAUUUAACAUGUUAUACUAUUUUUUCCAGAAUAUUUAUCUAAGCUUCACCAUUUACAAUUACUCGUAGUUAGAUGUUAAGAUGAAAGAUAUUUAAGUUUAUAUGAAAAUAUUUGUCGUAUAUUGAUUAGUUUGGAGCAGACGCCAGACGCAAAUUAAAGGCCCGGUCUGAAUGUGAUUUUGAAUUUAGAUUGA